CUUGCCGGGCCGGAGCUACCCGUUCGUCGUCCUCGGCUUAGCCUGUGGACGGGUUGGAGCCUGUCUGCCUCCGCCCCGGCCGCCUUUCGCAAGGCCGCGGCUUCAUCUGCUUUAUCUGUAACCCCAACCAGGAGAUUUUCCUGCCACCCGCACCUUUGAGCGUUUGUGAGAGCUGCAAGGAUGGUGAAUGUUCUGAAGGGCGUUCUGAUUGAAUGUGACCCAGCAAUGAAGCAGUUUCUGCUCUACUUGGAUGAGUCAAAUGCUUUGGGAAAGAAGUUCAUCAUACAAGACCUGGAUGAAACUCAUGUCUUUGUAUUAGCAGAGUUGGUUAACUUCCUCCAGGAGAGAGUGGGCGAGUUAAUGGACCAGAACUCUUUUCCUAUUACUCAGAAGUAAAAAAGAUGAGAAAAUAGAUGCUGCCAAUUUUUAAAAAGCAAAUUUCAGUAGUUUGGGUUGUUACUGUUUUAAUAGACCGUGGUUACUAAGUUCUAUGCUAAAGUGGCUAUUCUGGAAAAUGGGUAAUUUUCAUAGACAAAAUACUCUUGAACUGAAUUUUAUUUCUCACUUUGAAAUAUUAUGGUAUCUUUAUUAAAAUCCAUAAGAUGAUAUGCUUAGGGGCGUGCAGAGGGAUAUUUUUGAUGCAUGACUUCUGGUUUUCCUUUAGAGUUACCUUGUGAAAUGGUAUAACCCAAAAAUGAGUGAUGUUUCUGUACUGGAAUGCUUUAUGAACCUUCCUGAUAUGUUAUAUUCCUGUGGAAUUGAUUAAAUUUGCUUAUAGUGUGACAUAGAAUGUAAAGAAAGUCUGUGCUUGAUAGAGCAUCCCCAUACAUUGGAGGCAUGGUCAGAUGAAAUCAAAUACUUCUCUAACUUAAUGAGUUUUAGAUACCAAAAUAAUAAUUUGUUUUUUUUUUUUAUUUUUUUGUCUCACACUUUACAUGUACUCCAUAAUAAUUACCUACUUUUACUGAUAUUAUCAUUUCUGUGUUGUUCUGAGUUUGAGGAGUGGUGGCGAGGAUUUAAGGUUUUGACAGAGGGUGAAUGCAAAAUCUAUAAUCCUGCAUCAUAACGUUGAGCUGUAAACUGGUUACUUGCAAAUCAACAAUAGCAAAUAGAGGGGUACUAAAUUUGAGACCAAUAUAACUACUUGUAUAUUGUUUUUUAACUGAAGCUAAUAUGUAACCACAAGAACCUAUGUGACUAGGAAGGGGAAAAUAAAGAGUUGAUUGCUGUAUUUAAUAAGAAGAAAUUUGUUUUUGUUUUUGUUUUAGGUGUUUGUCCCUUACUGCUCCUUUGAUAAAAUCUGUGAAGAUAAGUCCUCAUUUCUUUACACUGAAAGUGUAAAAAAUCUGCAUGUGUAACUCACUAAUUUAGAUGCUGGCUUAUUCAGUAAGGCAGCUAGCGCAUGAUAAUAAAACCUGCAAAGAUUUUUGAUAUUCUUGCAAAUAUGGCAAGAUAGAGAUAACAGAAACAAGAAUGUGCUACGCCUUUCUUUCUUAUCCUGCUUCUUGCUCAAAAUCGACAAAUUCAUUGGUUUUAGUAACAAAAGACUUCUUAAUUAUCAGUUCAAAGGGAAGCUUGGUUUUCAGAGCUAUGCUCUACAACUUCCUGAAGGAAGGCAAGGUAUCAGUCUCAGGUGACUAGAGAUAGGAUGCGAGGUGAUGGCUACAAGUUCUGCUAUAGGAGGUUUAGGUUGGAUAUCCACAGGAAUUUCUUCAAGAAGAGGGCAGUUAGGAGUUGGAACUAUCUGUGUAGGGAAGAGAUAGAAUCCCUGGAAGUAUUUAAGAGAUGUGGACAUUGUUAAUGGUGUACUUGGUAGUGUUAUACUGAUGUUUUGACUUAAGAGUCUUUUUCAACCUAUAUGAUUAUUCUGUAAUCUAGCCUACCAGAGGAAGAGCAUGAUAGGACUGUCAUCUAAGGGAUGCUUACUUGAACUUCAUCUUUUAUUUGCUACUUAAUAGCUCUGAAAAAAGAUUUUUGGAGUUCACUUCAUUGUGUUUUGUGAGUAACUUUUGAGUAGUAAUUGAAACUUUAAAUUGGUUUAUCAAUAUGACUUUCAUUAAUUAAAUGCAGAUUGUAAUGAAUGUUUUGGGAUGAUAUAAACAUACAAGUUCCCUUUCCUUCUCUCCAGUUCAACAGUAAGCUAAGGGAGAAUAAUUAUCCAGUGCAGUAAAGGAAGGAAUAACCAGUAAUGAGUAGAGAGAACUCUGUGGGGUGACCUCAAGAACGUGAGAACAAAUUAGAAAAGAUGUUUUAUGCAUUAACAAGAUCCUCUUCUAUGAGUUGUAAGUUAUGGGAUUUCAUGGUUUUAUUAACAUGGCUUAUUUUAACUUUUCUUAGUUGGCAUCAUCACCAUAGUGUCAAAUUUGAGCCAGCCCCUAAGCUGAGCCUUAGAAGUCAGUCUCUAAAAAUAAUAUUGAUGGAAAAAUACAUUGCUACAAAAUAGCUGUCUAUAUAGAAAUACGUACACGAACAGAGACUGAGAGGUAAAUUUUGUUUUUUCAACCAGACAGUAGGCCAAUGAAGAAAAAUAGUAAGCUUUUCUAACAAAUCUUUUUGCAUUUUCCAAUUUCACAGCAGAUUUGAGUCCUCUCUCUGCACUGAUUCUCACAAAUGAUCCCAUGAAAGCCGGUAGAGCUUAGUAAUGAGUGAAAUGAGGCAUUACUCACUAUGUCAGAAUUGGAUCUCCAUGUCUAUUGUAUAACUCAGACAUUGGCAAUGCUUACAUUUGCUAUACAUUUAAGUUUCAGUACACUUUGUAGUUUUUUAAUGAUGGAAAAACAAAUUUCACCUAAAUUAAAUCUUUGGUCUUAUGACUCAGCUACUAACAAGAAAUUUAUAAGAAAUAGGUGCUCUGGUAGAAAUACGAUAUUUAAUGUGAAUAGAGUUGAUACUUCACUCUUUGUUUUGUAUCAGAAGAGGUGUGGGCCUAACAAUUUCAAGGCAGACCAGUAAGGGGAGCUCUUACCAAUACUUUAAACUGCUUUUCGUAAAAUUGCUGCAGCAUAGGUAAUGGUGGGUCACAGAUUUAUUGUGCUUUGAAGCACAAUUAAUGUCUCACUCUGGAAAUGCUUUAAGCUACAGAUGAACUAUUUUAACUUCAAAGAACCCCACUAGAAAGACAUUUGUGUAGGAGAGUUUGGAAUGCAAUUUAUUUAACUCUGAAAUUUCUUAGAUGUUUAGUUACCUAAUGUUUUCUUUCUGUAAUUAGGCUGAGAAUCCUACCACAUUGUAAUGAUACAGCUGAAACUGUCAUUUUCAGAUAUUACUGCUUGGUCUGAAUGUAUCCACACCAUUACUCUGCUUUCAGAGUUGCUCUGUAUUAAGCCACAUCAUUUUCAGUGAGUGUAGAUCAGAGGCCAACAACAGCAAAAACAGUUCCUGAGCUGUCCAAAGGAAAAGUUAACAAAUUUCUACAAUAAAAGUUUUAAUAUGAGGAAAAACAUGGUAAUACUUUGCAAACCAGUGGUUGUAUUUUUCAUAUAGGAAAAAAAAUUGAUAAUAAUUUCUCCUCUGAUUGUGUGGCAGUAAUAAGCAGAUUAAUUACAGAAUAGAAACUGCAUUAAAAUUGCCACUCAUGAAACACUUCUUAAAAAAUAAAAAAAUGUAGUAUCUGUUAGCUUUUAGCUUUGUAUACAUGAGCAAUUCUAGGUGGUAGUAACAACAGCAAGUAGAAAGGUGCUGGGAGAAAUGUUUUGUUUUUUCAAACAAAUAGCUUUAUUAUACAUAAAGGCUAAUAAUACUUGUGUAGGAAUGUGCUCCAACACCAAAACUCUUGUCAGGUAACUGCUUAGCUAUAAUACUAAUCUCCUGGGAAACAAAAUAACAACAAAAUUCCUGGAUGACAAUAGGUUGAGGGAUGUAGCACCUAGACCCACAAUUUUUUACUUUUCUGUUACAGGAAAGAUGGGCUGAGUUGUAAAUCAGAGAAAACUUGGAAUGGUGCCUACCUUUAUAUCAGUGAAGGUGUCACCUGCAGAUAAGUGUUGCACAAUUGUGCAAUGUUGUCACUAUUGACAUAUUGGCUAUGCCAAGUAAACAUGAUAAGCAAUCCUCUAUAAUCCGUUGGCAAUGUUAGUUACAUUCCUGCUCUUUUGAAGGUAAAGGGUAUUAGAGCAAGAUGGAUAAGAAAGUAGAAAAGAGGCUUUUAAAUACCAUUUCCUGUUAAAUUUUGAAAUUAAACAAGAUCACAAGCAACACAGGAGAGAAAUUGUUAGUGCGCUUAAAUUCUGUUUGUUUGUCAAAUAAAAAAAGCUUGCAAUUAACUAGAAUUUAUUUUGCUUACAGAAGGCCCUGUACUUAUCAGAAGAGCCAACAUAUCAGAUGGACUGGGAAAACAAGCUUUCUUAAUGUUAGAACGAUCUAGUUUUUGAAAAAUAUCUUUUCAACUGUAAUGCAUAGUGUGCUUUCUGCAUUUGAUAUUGACAGACAGUGUGAUCGAGAACUGUAACAUUUUUCUGAUGAUGACUGGGUUGCCACUGGGUAAAGGUAGCUAUAAAUGGUGUUUGAGAAAAGCAAGAGAGAAGGAAUGAGGAGCAGCCAAAGACAGGCAUCUAAACAAAUUUGUCUGCAGGUCCAGGAAAUCUGAAUUUUUGGAAGCUAAUAAAUGUUUCCCUUUUGGCUUUGAAAUUUAAUUUAAAUUUUUAAUUAAAUGUUCAGUGAAGCUAUUUCUGCCUGUUCAGUCUCUGGUAUGAUGGCAGGAGUUAGAAGAAGCUGGAGGGAGAAGGGAUUCUGAGGGAUUCUUUAUUUCAGAAGCCGUUCCUAAAGUUGUUUGCUACAAGUAUUAAAAACCUUUUCAAUACGUA